AUGACGGGGAAAGCGGGGGAAACGCUGAACAAACCCAAAUCCGAGACAGUGGCCAAGAGUACCUCCGGGAGCGCCCCGGCCAGGUGCACCGGGUUCGGCAUCCAGGAGAUCCUGGGCUUGAAUAAGGAGCCCCCUAGCUCCCACCCGCGAGCUGCCCUCGACAGCCUGGCCCCCGGGCACCUGCUGGCAGCGCGCUCAGUGCUCAGUCCCGCAGGAGUGGGCGGCAUGGGGCUGCUGGGGCCCGGGGGGCUCCCCGGCUUCUACGCGCAGCCCACCUUCCUGGAAGUGCUGUCCGACCCGCAGAGCGUCCACUUGCAGCCUUUGGGCAGAGCAUCGGGGCCGCUGGACACCAGCCAGACGGCCAGCUCCGAUUCUGAAGAUGUUUCGUCCAGCGAUCGAAAAAUGUCCAAAUCGGCAUUAAACCAGACCAAGAAACGCAAGAAACGGCGGCACAGGACAAUCUUUACCUCCUACCAGCUGGAGGAGCUGGAAAAGGCCUUCAAUGAGGCCCACUACCCGGACGUCUACGCGCGGGAGAUGUUGGCCAUGAAAACGGAGCUGCCCGAAGACAGAAUACAGGUCUGGUUCCAGAACCGGAGGGCCAAGUGGAGGAAGCGGGAGAAGUGCUGGGGCCGGAGCAGCGUGAUGGCCGAGUACGGGCUGUACGGGGCCAUGGUGCGCCACUCCAUCCCGCUGCCCGAGUCCAUCCUCAAGUCGGCCAAGGACGGCAUCAUGGACUCCUGCGCGCCCUGGCUGCUGGUUCAAGAUGGCUUUCCCAGGCGCUUUUCUAAACCCGAAUACCAACAAUUCUUUUUAGGGAUGCACAAAAAGUCGCUGGAGGCCGCGGCCGAGUCGGGGAGGAAGCCCGAGGCGGAGCGCCAGGCGCUGCCCAAGCUGGACAAGCUGGAGGCGGAGGAGCGGGGCGCUGAGCCCCCAGCGGCCAUGUCCCAGGAGGAACUGAGGGAGAACAGCAUCGCGGCCCUCCGGGCCAGGGCUCAGGAGCACAGCACCAAGGUGCUGGGGACUGUGCCGGGGCCCCCCGGGGAGCCCGAAGAGGAGGAGGCUUUGGACGAGGACAGGCCCUUGGAACCCAGCGCGGCGCCGCUAGAGGAUGUGGCUUAG